AUGGUCAAUCCGGUGUACAAGCGUAUCGAGCGUUACAUUUGUGGGCUACCACCCCAAAUUCAAGGCAUGGUUACUUCAUCCAAGCCGACCACCAUUGCGAGUUCCGUUCGUAUGGUACACAACUUGGCGGACCUAGUUAAGAGGAGUAGCAUUGGUAAAGGAAACUCUAGUGGCCAUAAGGGGUCGGAGCACAAGAGGAAAUGUGAGGAUGAUUUUGGAAGGAGUCAAGGACAUCAACAAGCAAGGAGAACUGAAGGCGGCAAUACCCUUCAAGUUGCACCACCUGCCAAGAAGAGCUAUAUCGGCACUAAGCCAUAUUGCACUCGGUGCAAUACCCACCACUAUGGCCAGUGCACGAUUGUGUGUGGAAAUUGUAGGAGGAUUGGUCAUACGACUAGAGAUUGUAGGAAUCCUAACCCGGAUGGAAAUCAAGGAGCGCCAAGGGGAUGUUUUGAGUGUGGAGCGGAUGGGCACGUUAAGAGAGAUUGCCCAAGAUUGAGGAACCAAAACAACAACCGACCCAACAACAACGCCCGUGCCAACAACAACGCCAACCCUCACCCUCCUAACAACAACAACCGUGGUAACAACGACGUUGCUCGCGGGAGAGCAUUUGGGUUGCGCGCCGGUGAGGCUCACGAGGACCCUAACAUAGCCACCGGUAUGUUUGAUUUAUUAUAUGUUUCUUGA